AUGUCGUCAGAAAGUACAAUCAUCGAAUCAGACCAAACUUUGCAACCGCCAUUUAAAAUGCCUCGAGCACCACCUCAUGUUUAUUCCUGUUUUGUCAUUAAUCGUACGCAACAUCCUGUAGAAUGUAUGGUUCACUAUGAUGGUCGUCCAGGUGAAGACAAAUUCAACGAAGAUGUUCAUGUCACUAUUCCAGCGAAUGAUGAAAAAUUUUUUCCUCGUCGUUUAUUUCAACCAGAUUUACCUGAUUCGUAUUGCAAAUGGGUCAAGAUUGUGACACAUAUUAAAGUGA